AUGAUAUGGACGGCGCUCGCCGUCGUCUGCAUGGCGCUGUCCAGUCUGUCGACCGGCAUGACCAUGGUGAGUCUGCGGCGAAGCUGGGACCUGCACGUGUCGAGCGUGCGGUGGCUAUUCUUCUUGUUCUUCCUCUAUAUGUGGCUCUGGAGCAGCGCGCGCGUGCUGUAUCUGCUCUGGGUGAGCUUCUAUCCCAUCGAGACCACGACGUCCGACUACUCGUCGUCCUCCUCCAACGAGAGCGAGGUCAUCUACGACCGCUACAGCAGCAUGGGCAUCUACACGGUGCUGCAGCUCGAGGAGACCCACGACGCCUUCGCCACGGCGCUGCUGUGCUUCGGGGACGCCGCGCUCUUCGCUGUGGCGCUCUGGAUGUUCCCGCUCACGUUCGAGCUGUCCAACAUCGCGGCCAAGUCCAUGGACCGCGGCGCCGAGAAGGAGCGGAAGCAGAUCAGGUUCUACUGUUGGACGGUGCACGGCCUCGUCGUGGUGUACGCCGCGAUCGAGACCACGCUGGCCAUCGCCUACCGGGGCUACACGCAGUACACGCAGCGCUGCCUGCUCAGCGUCUACUUCGUGCAGUUCGUCAGCUUCGUGUACAUGGUCUGGCUCAUUGUCAGGCUUAAAGUUAGGGGCAGGAAGUACGAGAACGUCCAGGGCCAGUUCGUCACCUCGCCCGUGUACCAGAGACUCAAGCGGAUCAUGAUCGUCUACGCGCUCUUCUCGCUGCAGUUCCAACUGGCCUCCGUGGUCAUGUACGCCUCCACGGACGACGAGGACAAGCUGCUGGACUUCAUCAGCGUCAGUCUGCUGGUCUACCACCUCUCAGGGCUGGCCCUCGCGGUCACCACCAUGUGCAGUCAGGCGUGCGUGCUCAACAUGUGCAGGUCGUGUCUGCCCGACGACAUCGAAGCGCAGGUGCAGACAAGAUUCAUGCAGGGCGGCGAUCUGCUAUCGCCGAGGGACACACAGGUUCUCAUGGAGUCAGCAGAGCCGCCGCUCGUGAACCCAGUGUUCGUGUUCACCGACAUCGAGUCCUCCAGCGCCUUGUGGGCCAUGGGUGACGGCCUGGUGAUGCAGCGAGCGACCGAGAUCCACGAUAAUAUCCUCCGUGCUUCCUUGAUGAAGUACCGAGGGUACGAGAUCACGACGGCAGGUGACGCCUUCCAGCUCGCGUUCCACACGGUGCGUGAAGCCGUCGAGUACUGCUUAGACGUGCAGCUCCAGUUGCUGGUUGCGAACUGGCCGAAGGAGCUCCACGGUAUGUUGCCAGCGACCCGGAAGCAGCGCGCGGGCCACCGCCUCAUAUUCGGCGGCCUUCGCGUGCGGAUGGGCAUCCACGACGCGGUAGAGGCGGACGGAGCCUUGAUCCUGGACGUCCACGCCGUGACGGGCAAGAUGAUCUACACGGGCGCGUCCGAAGUGAUCGCCAACGAGAUCGGCGACUUGGGCGACGGCGGCCAGAUCCUCGUGACCAAGCGCGUGGCCGACUGGCUGGUCAUGUACGAAGAUCUCGUGGCGAUCGACUUCAUCGUCGAUAGGGUGGGCGAGUACGCGAUCCCGCAGAUCAAGGCCAAGCUCGAGGUGUACCAAGUGCUGCCGGAGGUGCUCAGCGGCCGCAAGAAGAUGUUCUCGUCGACGCUCAAGAAGCGGCGCGCCACCACGGCGUCGUCGCUGUACUCGAUCGCGUCGAGCAACCGCUCGCGCCUGUCCAGCAACGCCGGCCAGCUCCCGAUGCCGCUGCCGCUGCCCGAGCAGCAGCGCCGACGACUGUCCCGACCGCAGUUGCUGCUCCCUCCGGACCGCGCGGGCGCACCGGUCGCCGGCGGCCUGAGCCGCUUCGGUCGCGUGCAGCGGUCGUUCCUGCGCAUCGACCACGGCUCGUUCUACACCCGCGCCACGAGCAUGUAG